AUGCGACGCCAAUUCCAAUCAGCGUUGCUGUUAGGCCUCUCGGCGUUAACGGCAGCCAUCUUCAAAGAUGAAGUCGGUCACAUUGAUUUCCACCACUCCCUCGUGGGCCUCCCCCAGCGCGAAGCGACCUUUUACCACCGACCAAAGGUCGGCACCAAGGCCAGCCUUUUGUACACGCUGAGCGAUCUGGGUGUCGUGGGCGCCAUCAACCCCACCACCGGCGAGACGGCAUGGCGGCAUCAGCUCGCCGACGACCUCGCCGGCAGCGCCGGGCACCUUCGAGCUCCCGCCGACGAGGAGUGGGUAGCGACCGCCCAGGGUCCCCGCGUCCAAGCGUGGAACGGCCUGACGGGCCGCAACGUCUGGGAGGCCGAAUUCAAAGGCGAGGCGAGGGAUGUGGAGGUGAUUGAAGUGACCGACACGUCACGGAAGGAUGUGGUUGUCCUCUUUGACGAGGAUGGCACCACAGUCCUGCGACGUCUCCAUGGCGGCCUGGGCACCGUCAUGUGGGAGUUCCGCGAAACGAGCAAAGACGUCCCCCUCCAAGUUUCGACCGAUAUCGCGAGCAUAUACAUUGUCAGCCUGCAUGGGUCCCCCUCGUCCUACAGCGUCAAGACCACCUCGAUAGACCCCAGCACUGGUCAGCGCGUAGAUCAAUGGACGGCCGGCAGCAAAGGCGAUGUCGCGACCCCCGAGGACGUCAUGUUUGUCGGCGGCAACUCUGCCGCUCCCAUAAUUGCCUGGAGAAAUAGUGACAAGCUCAGCAUCCAAAUUCUCGGCACCAAAACAAAGCACGAUAUUGCGCUGGCUCCCGACGUCGAGUUUGUGGAUAUCCAGGCCCCUUAUCUCAAAGAGUCGCAGGCUCGCUUUUUGGUGCAUACCGCUUCCAAGUCUGGAAACCGGGCCGAGGUAUUCAGCAUUGACAUCAAGAACGCGCAGAUCAAGAAGACGCACGAGCUGCCCCAGCUGCAAGGUCGCGGCUCCUUCUCUACCAGCUGCGAAGGCGCUAACGUCUACUUUACACGAAUCACGGAUGACGAGAUUCAAGUCCUCCCCUCCGACUCACACGAAGGUGUCGCGCGGUGGAAAAUUCAGCUUGACGGUGCCGUGAAGCCACUCCACUCCGUGUCCGAAGUCAUCCACAAGUCUGGCGGCGAGUAUGCCGUGCGGACUGCCAUUCUUACCGAAGACCAUGACUGGAUCCAAAUUCGCAACGGCGAACGUGAUUGGGUUCGCCAUGAAGGCCUUAGCGGUAGCGUCGCUGCUGUCUGGGCUGAGAUUCCCGAAGAGGAGAACCUUGCCAAGGUCCUUGCCGGAGAGGCCGAUACCAACCCCUUUAGUGCCUAUGUCAACCGUGUUCUGCGCCACAUUGAUGAUCUCCAAUACCUCCCAGGCUACCUAGCCUCUAUCCCCGGCAGAGUCAUUGCGAGCAUCGCGGGUGAUGAGCCCACUUCUAGCGCCGGCACUCUUUACGCUGACGUUUUUGGCUUCCACAAGAUUAUCGUAUUGGCCACUCGCCGCGGCCGCUUUUACGGCCUCGACACAGGCAACAAGGGUGCCGUCUUGUGGACGAAGAAUGUCCUGCCACAGGCCGCGGGUGAGUCCCUUUCCGUCAAGGGAUUCGCCUUGACCGACGACACCGGAGUCGUUGCUAUGCGUGGAUCGCGUGGCGAGUCUGUUCUCAUCCGAGCCACCGAUGGUCAUCUUGACGAGGACAAGCCUGCUGACUCUACUACGCCAAGAAUUGCUAGCACCGCCAUUCUUGACACCGAGACAUCUGCUUGGAUCCUCGCUCUCGGUCCUGAUGGCAACCCAGCCGACGAAACUCUUGGCGGUGAGCUUGCUGACCAGACGUUCAUUGUCCGCGGCGAAGGCGAAUCUGUCAAGGGAAUCAAGAUCGUAGCGGAUGGAAAGAAGACCAAGAAGCAAGAUAUCUGGGAGAUCAAGGCUACCGAUGGCCAGCGCAUUGUGGAUGUGGCUACACUGCCCGCUCAGGACCCUAUUGCGUCCAUCGGCCGCGUUCUAGGCGACAGACAGGUUCAGUACAAAUACCUGAACCCGAACACGGCCGUCCUCGCCUCCAUCAACGACAAGACAUCUACCCUGUCCGUCAAGCUCAUUGACACUAUUUCCGGCCAGGUCCUCGCCGCCGAGACGUACGACGGUGUCGACGCCAGCAAGGCCGUCUCGUGCACCAUGUCCGAGAACUGGUUCGCCUGUUCAUUUUUCGGGCAGUACCAGCUCGACGACGAGUCCGGCCGCGCCAUCCAGGGCUAUCAGGUCGUCGUGUCGGACCUGUACGAGUCAGAGACGCCCAACGACCGUGGUCCGCUCGGUGACGACGCCCGCUUCUCCUCGCUCGCGCCAGUCGAGAAUCCGCUCGCCGCCGGCGCCGCCGCGCUGCCCGCUGUCGUCUCCCAGAGCUGGAUCGUCUCCCAACCGCUCACCAAGCUCGCCGUCACGCAGACGCGCCAGGGCAUCGCCAGCCGCAGCCUCGUCGCCUACCUCCCCGAGUCGCACGCCGUCGUCGCCCUGCCGCGCGUGCUGCUCGAUCCCCGCCGCCCCGUCGGCCGCGACCCCACUGCCAACGAGAUUGAGGCAGAAGGCCUGCCUCGGUACAUGCCCGCCAUUGAGAUUGACUCGCGCAACAUCCUCUCCCAUGACUGGGAGAUUCUCGGCGUCGAGGGCUUCACCACGUCGCCCGCCGUGGUGGAGAGCACGAGCUUGCUCGUUGCCUAUGGCAUCGACGUCUAUGGCACGCGCGUCGUGCCCAGCGGCCUCUUUGACAUUCUGGGCAAGGGCUUCAACAAGCUGACUCUUGUCUCGACCGUGCUGGCGCUCACCGGCGGUGUCUUGUUUGUGGCUCCCAUGGUCCGCCGCAGUCAGAUCAACCGCAGAUGGGAGGCGUUUAUUUAG